GUUAAAAAUAAAUCCAGAGAAACCUAAUACUCUAAUUGUUGUUAGCAACUGGGAAAUUCCUGAAGUGUUUUGUUUUGUUUUUAAAUAUUGAAAAUCUAAUGACUUCAUGUCUUUAAUCUUCUGCAGAUAUAAACAAACAGAAUGUAUCAAGUACCAGAUUACAACCAGACUGUGUCAAUGAAGCUAUCAGAGGUUCUGGCUGAUAUAGGUGUUGAUGAGAGAAUAGUGAUGAAAACGAGAAGAUCAUGGCUUCUGAUAGAAUCAAUAACAAAUAUAACUUACCAACUACGUGAUGGAAAUUGUUUAACAUACUUUUUUGGGAGUCAAUCAGAAGGUACAACUACAAAAGGAAUGCAAUCAGACCUAGAUCAACUAUAUUGCAAUAAAGCACUCCCUAUGAUACAAGACUGGAGUGACUGGAUACCUGGUUUAUAUAAUCUAUUGAUGAUUCAAGAUAAUUCUGUAUCUCCUGGAUAUUGUUUACUUCAAGUGCUGAGACCUGAUGCUCCUCUUCCUUUUGAUGGUGAAUCUGAUCAAUUCUUAUUCAAAGACAGAACAGGAAAAUUAUUUUUAAAGAAUUAUAUAGUACAUGUAACUUUGUUAAAUAUAAAACGUGAAAUACAUGGGCCAGCAGGUGUACUACAAAGACAUCCAGGCUACUUUGAUAAUGAUUUUGUGUUAGCUCUACAUUGUACAACAUGGCCACAACAAGCUAGACAAUGGUUGGAUCAGCAAGGUGAAGGUCAAUGGCCAUCUGCUGAAAUGAAACAAUAUUGCAGCAGAACUGGAUGCUUUGUUGUUGGUGUUGGAUGUAGUGGCAGUGAACAUGAGCAACUUGAAUGGAGAAUAUCAACAUCUUUAGCAGAAAGGUGUUUAAUGUUCAACCUGAAUAUUACACAGAUUCGCUGUUAUGUCUUGAUGAAAAUUAUUUUAAAAACAUUUAUAAAUCCAUUGUUUAAAGAUGUUAUUUCAAGUUUUAUGUGUAAAACUGUACUCUUCCAUUGUAUUUCCAAUACACAUUCUAACAUCUGGAGAGAAAAUAACUUACUUUCUUGUCUAUCACUGUGUUUAUAUCUCCUGUACAACAAUAUCAUUAAUGAAAAUUGUCCACAUUUUAUCAUACCUGGGAACAAUUUAAUGAGGGGGAAAAUUUCACCUGCAGUCAAACCAUAUAUCCUGGAAAUAUUAAGCAAUAUCAUCAACAGUGAAGGAGUGGCACUACUUGGGAUUAAAUGUGAUGAUCUUGGUUCCAGGCUUCAUCUUAAGUUUAAUAACUUAUGUACAAUCAAGACAAGUGACAUUAUUUCAGGAACACUAUUAUUUAAUCUAGCUAAACAUAUAUAUAUGACACUGAAAGAAAUUAAUUAUCAUCUUAAGGACAGUAGUCCUAAUGAAGCUGUAGAAAUAUUAAAGAACUAUGUAUCGAAGACAAUCAACGGUCAAUAUGAAGGAUUGGAUAAGACAGCCAGUAAUCUCAUAGCUCCAAUUUAUUGUACAACACUUGGAUCUGUCCUGGCUUCACUAAACAUCUAUCAUUACAACACUGUAUCAGCAGAUGCCCUCAAACUCAUCUCACUUGGUCUGAAUACAGAUGUUGCAUCAAGUAAACUGAAACUAGCUUCAAUCUUAUACUGUGUUCAAGAAAUACAAAAAGCUGACUCAGUACUCAGUGAGAUUGAAAGAAGAUAUGAUCUACAAAUUGUUGAGCCUGUCUGUAGUUGUCAUGAUUUUGAGAAAAAAACACCAAGACAAGGAUUCUUUAAAUUAUGUGACAUUCAUAAUGAAGAAAUCUUACAGUAUACAACAGCAUCAUGUGUUAUAUUUCUGCAAUGUGAAAUUCACUGUGUACCAAAUGAACUCAGAUAUGAAAUGUUUAGAUCUACACAAGAGGACAGAAUGUUUCGUACAGAAGAAGACAACAAAUGGAUGGAUUGUGCUGUGGUGGAUUCCCUCCCUUACCUCUACUUUCUACAAUACAAAGUUUACAGCCAUCUUGGAAGACAUGACCAGAAACAAGCUGCUCUCUUCAAACUUAUCAGAACCAUAAAAGAGGAACCAAACCUUGGACAUCGGGAAACAGCUCUAAAUAUUCUCGGAAAAUGCAUGGAACAAGAAGGUAGAGCAGGAGACGCUUUUCAGUGUUAUUCAAUGUCACUUAAUAUAAGGGGGAGAAACAAUGCUGCAAAGAUUCAUAUCGCCACACUCUUAUCUGUACUGAUAAAUGCAAGGAGAUAAAAGGUAUGCAAAAUAUGUGGAAAUGACUAAAGCAAGACAGUGAGACAAAUGAGUGGUAGCUACAAGCUAGAUUGUGACAGCAACAUUCGUGCUCAACAUCAUUUUUUAUUUUUCAAAUAGCAAAUUUAUUGUCAUAAGAAACACUUUUUGAUACAUAUGUGUAUGUCAUCCAUAAGUCCAUAUAUGAAAGAGAUAAAGCAAACUGUCAUAUAGUCUGGUUUUCAUGUCUGAUUGUUGAUAUUUC